AUUGAUGAAUAUGUUGAACAGCACUGCUUUCAGAAAGAUCCUUGGGAGACCCUGCUUUUCCCCUCUCUUCACGGUACCAUGCAGACCCAACCAGAAGGAUAGAAACCAUCCAGGACCAGGCAGGUCAUCCCCAUUCAUAACAAACUCCAGAAACUUCACCAAAAGGGGUUGGGAUUGCUUUUUUCUGCACAACAAAGCCUAACAAUAGGUGAGGAAAACCCCACCAGACAAUCACAAUGUUAUCACAUUCUGCCAUGGUCAAAGAGAGGAAACAACAAGCAUCAGCCAUUAUGAAGGAAAUCCACGGCAAUGAGUCAGAUGGCCUAGACCUUGGAAAGAAAAUCAGCAUCCCCAGAGACAUCAUGGUGGAGGAACUAUCAAUACUCAGCAACAGAGGUGCAAGGCUAUUUAAGAUGCGUCAAAGGAGAUCUGACAAGUACACCUAUGAAAACUAUCAUUAUUUAGCAAAUAAGCAAAGGAAUCAUAGUGAACCUAUGCAGAGUUUUAAAAUGGAAACUAGCAAUGCCGAAGCUGGCCAACAGCAUGCACCAAUGACACCUCCUAAUACACCUGACCCACGGAGCCCACCAAAUCCUGAAAAUAUUGCACCAGGAUAUUCUGGACCACUAAAGGAAAUUCCUCCUGAGAGGUUCAACACUACUUCUGUGCCAAAAUAUUAUCAGUCCCCCUGGAUAGAAGCCAUCAGCAAUGACCCAGAGCUGUUGGAGGCUUUAUACCCUAGACUGUUUAAGCCUGAAGCAAAGCCAGAACUGCCUGACUACAGGAGCUUUAACAGAGUUGCCACUCCAUUUGGUGGUUUUGAGAGGGCAUCAAAGCUGGUUAAAUUCAAGGUACCAGAUUUUAAUCUACUGCUGCUAAAUGAUCCCAGGUUCAUGAUCCUCGCUAACCCUCUUUCUACCAGGAGGUCCUUCAACAGGACUCCUAAGGGAUGGAUGUCAGAGAAUAUUCCCAUAGUGUUCAUCCAGCCUUCGGAUUCCAACACUGUUCCAGAAACGGAUGACCUGUGA